AAAGACGUCAAACAAAACUUCAAUGAUAAAGUUAGGUUAGGUUUCUAAAAAUAACAUGAAAAUGAAUUUAAUAGAAGAAAAGAAAUUAGAGAUAUCAAAUAAGUUACAGAAGGAACAAGAGAAUCUAAAACUGCUGCAAGAAAGACUGUCAAAAAGUGCCCAGUUGACUGUAGGAAUAGGUUCAAUUUUAGAUACUUUCGAACAGAGGUUGUCUCGACUGGAAGACACUAUUCUACCCGUAUACAAUAAGACAGAAAGUCUUCAGAAAGCCCAGCACAAUAUCGAUCGUACUUUGCAUUUACUGGAUAAUGUUAUAAGCCACUAUGAGGUGUCAGGAGAUGUUGAACACAUUAUCGAAAAGAAUCCUGGAGAUGGAGGUAUUGAUCUUCAAACUUAUCUGGAUGCCCUGAAUAGAUUAGCUGGUGCCCAGAAAUAUUUUGAAAAAAACAUUCCACAAAGUGUAGAACUUAUCAAUGUUUCAUCGUUUUUUAAUAAAGGCAGCGACAAACUAAAUGCAGAAUUCAAAACUAUUUUGGAUAAGUACAAUACUCCAAUAUUACCAGUGGUUCUCCUGGAUCUAAUUAAUUUCGAUGAUCCUUCCAACAAAGAAAUUAAGGUUAUACCCAAACAGAUUCCAGACGAACCAAAGUCACAUCUCGUUCAAUUAGCAUCUUGGUUGCUGGACCAUGGAAGAGAUGAAUAUUUGACAGUUUACGGUAAAGUCAGAGGAAGUGUCCUACAGAGGUCUCUCACUAUGUUGAGAAAUCAUCAAAAAUCGGUUAGUGGUGGGAGUGUUCAUGGAACCACUAGUUCUCCAAUGCUGAAACCUAAAUUUGGUAAUAGACAUGAUGCUUCAAGACGUCCUUCAACAAGAAGAAUACAUCAAGUCUUUGAAAGGAAAGCAAAUAAGAUGUUCCUAAAGGCUUCUCAAACACUGGAAAAUUCCACUGGACUUUCUCUUGGUACGAGAAGAGCCUCACACUUGGAUACCUCUUACACUGGGGAAGAACUAGAUAAUGAACAAGAAAUGGAAAAUUAUUUAAUGUCUGUGAUAGCCCUACAUAGAUUGAUGCAGUUUGAACAGAUACUUAUGAAAGAUAUCAUAACGCCAGCUCACCAACCGAGAGUUUUUGAAUUGAUUGUUAGGGAAGCGAUGGACACCAUUGUUCAGGACGGAGAGAAUAUAAUUUCCAGAGCUAAAAAGUGUAUUGCAAGGCAUGACUUUGCUACAGUUUUGGUUAUCUUUCCAAUCUUCAAACAGUUGCGGAAUUUGAAACCAGAAUUUGAGAGAACUGUGGAAGAUUAUGACUUGAACGUGAAACAAAAAUUUGACCAAAUAAUACAGAUGCUACACACCACUGGAUCUAAAGCUCUAGAAGACUUCAUCGAUAGCAUUCGUUCAGAUUCAGUUACUCAAUUACCAAGUGAUGGUACCGUACAUGAGAUGACCAGCAAUGUCAUCAUGUUCCUGGAACAAUUAUUAGAUUAUACGGACACAAUUGGUAUCGUUUUAGAACAAGAUCAAAAUUAUAUGAGGCAGCUUAGUAAAUUGAAAUACAGCGAUCGUAGUAAAGCUUUACUAGGUCUUUAUAUCAAAAAGGUUUUGGUCCAGCUGAAUCAUACACUGAUCAGUAAGAGCGAACAGUAUGGAGACACCGCUCUUAAGGCAUUGUUUAGAUUAAAUAACAAUAAUUACGUCUUGAAAUCACUUCAAAGGAGUAGUUUGAUGGAUUUAUACUUGAUAUCUGAACCCAAUUGUCAAGACUAUUAUUAUACUUCAAUCCAGGAGAAUAAAAAGGCAUAUUCUCAAAGGUAACUUUCCCUGUUUCAA